AUGGCUGAUCUCCGAAGUGUUGGCUACAAACUCCUUCAAAGACUCCCGAAUGAAGUAAAUAAAUUUAGGAGACUUGUUUACAACUCGGUUUUACAUUGGCUAUUCAACAAGUUUUAGAUUUCCCACGCGAUCUUUCUGAGAUUAUCACCGUUUGAGGUGGAGGAUUGCCCUGAAGAAUGGAGCACCCUCGCCGAAUCCAUUUACCGCGACGCCUGCAUAGAAAAUCGAUUCCCUCUUCAUGGCCAAACAUUUCGCGAUUCAUUCUUUCUGUAAGAUAACACCUUUUUAAGUGUCUGUGACUGACAUCCCAGACAAAACAUUUCAGAUUUUGUAUAUUAUUUUAGGUAUCUCCGUCAAAUAUCGGACUCCAAGUUCCGCCCACCUCAGCCUUCAUAUAACGCGACCUAUGCUUUGCAAUCGUUCCUCAAAUAUGCACGUUUGUCUCUUGCACAGGUCGAAGUCACCGUGAUUUCACGCCAAUUUGCCUAUCAGGAGAAAGCUCUGCCCUUUGGAUUGGAUGUAUUGGAUAGAAUUGAAAGAAGUGAAGAAGAGGGCAAAAUAAAAUUAGUUAUUGGCAAUUCUUAUCAAGCAGACCUGGUGGCUCGGAAUGCUGAAGGAUUCAGUCUGCGAAAAGAGAACAGAGUUACAAUCCCGGUAAGUCGAAAGAUCCUGCCAUUCAGCCUAUAAAUCGUUUGGAAAGUGUACCCAAACCAGGGGUGGUCAGUGGGCCGGCCCGGCCCAAACGGGCCGGCCGGGCUCAAAAAUGGACAUUUGACAAAAGGGCCGGGCCGCGGGCCAGAGGUUUUUCCCGGCCCGGCCCGUCUAAAUUACAAUGCCAAACCGUUGGCAUUCAUUGUUUUCGCGCGGGGAAAAUUAAUUGAUGUUGUUAUAGUUGCUGUUUCUCAAGUUCUAAAACGUUUACAAGUCUUUAGUUCCAUUAUAAAACCACAAAACUAUCACAUUGAUCCUUUACUAGCUAGAUCAACGCCUUUUUUCCUAAGUUUAGAUCCCAAGCUUGGGCGCAGUUCGCAGAACCUUCUAUAAACGGGCCUGCACGGGCCGGGCCUGGAAAAAGACUAGAUGGGCCGGGCCGGUAAUUAGAUUGGCCGGGCCCCGAAAAUCGAAAAAAUAGGGUCCGCUGACCACCCCUAGGGGGUGCACCCCUGACCCAAACAGGUUUCCAAGCCCGUAAAGAGCGUGUAAAGAGUUGUUGUAAUCACCGAGUUACAGAUGAAAUACGGCCCUAAUGGGCUGCUGGCUCAUUUUUUUGGUUCCACCCUCUACUAUAUUGAACACGACGGAUGCCAUCGUCUCUAUUCAGUAAAUCUACUUGCUGAGUGUGACCCAAUCUGUCUCUCGACUCUUCCAAUCCCUGAGGACAAAACUUUGCUGAAAUUGUCCAUUUAUCCACCACAUCUCUGUCUACUUUAUGGAGCACCUCACGAGCUUUAUUACUGUAAUAUGGAGACGAAUGAUUGUUUUCACACUCCGAACAGCCCAAAAUUUCUGAAUCAGAAAUCGGUGGCCGACAUGCAGAUUGUAAAUGGUCUGCCUUAUAUGAAGAAUCCCAUUUUCCUGUUCAGUUUUGAUGAAAUUGUGGGGCACCCUUUAUAUGUGCAGUUGCCGUUAACAGAAGAUUCGCGGUGCUUUGUGGAAGACAGCCUGGAAGAACAUUCAAGGGUUCGAGUCGAACGGAUUGACGAGAAAUAUGUAUGUUGUAUUAUAGAUUACUUUGUCUCGUUUGGUGUUUGUUACAUUUUUGGUCAUGUUAUUGACGCUUGUCUACUUCAGAAGUGCCUGGUGAUUGAUAAAGAACACCUCCUCCUUCCAUUCGCGACUAAGCCAUUCCUACCUCACUUCUUUUUUGUUAUACUCCCAACUUUCAAGAGCGGGCUUUGUUACCAACGUAGGAGUGGAGAUCGUAUCCUGUUUCUAGGAUCUGGAUAA